AAUUGUAUUGAUAGCCAAGGCACCGCACGGACUCGACAGUGAGACAGUGAACCCUAAACCCAGGCCUCAAAAGCCUGGUCACGAUUCGGCUUGACGAUGCUUUCGGAGGCAAUCGCGCAGAGCUUGGUCUGCAUCACCGAUCGAUGGCGAAGCGGCCCAAAUUUGACCGCCGUUCUGAUCAGCUUGCUCUUGAAGUCGAUUCUCCCUUUGCACACAACUUGCACACGAAUCCGCCUCGGGAGCUGUUAGAGCAGGCGCGACAGAGCCAGGGCCAGGCCACCAUGGCUCCGGGGCCUUUGUUGCCCGAUUCGAGCGUUGUUGUUGCGACAAGGUGGACGACGGGAGGGGAAGUGGCUAUGGUUGAUGAUGCUGGUGAGAGCGCUGCCAAGGUGGCCAACCAGAGCCUCAAUCCCGUGGGCAUGCAGAUUUACUGGAAUCUGUCUUCCUUGAAGAUGGCGGUGCGGGAGGCUGCGGCGGUGGCGCUCGUGGGCGAAUUGCGAGCCAAUCAGGAGGAUUUCGUAUCCAGCGGGAGUGAAGAGGGAAUUGGCGAGGCACUUGGAGCGAAAGAGAACGAUGAACUGUUGGAAGGAUGUGCUCCGGGUGUGCAAUAUGCAUUGCGGCGGCUUGUGCGCGGUCUUGGCUCUUCGCGUGAGUGUGCGAGACAAGGAUUUGCUACUGCGUUGACGGCUGUGAUCGGAGCCCUUCCAGUGAUUCGAGGAGAAGCUCUGCUCCGGAUCAUUCCCUCGAAUUUGGAGGUCACAUCGUCCAUGAAGAAGCAGGAUGCAAGGGACGGGCUGUUAGGACGAUUGUUUGCUUACGGGUCUAUGAUCCGAUCAAGGAGAUUAAUUGGAAAUUGCACUAGUUCAGAAGAGAAGGAUCUAGCUAAAGAGAUUGUUCAGCAACUGUUCAACCUCGCCAAGCGGAAAACAUUUCUUCGGGAGCCAGCUGUGAGCCUGGUUAUUGAGCUUGCAAGCAGGCUGCCCUCAAGUGCUGUCAGGGAGACUGUGUGCGCAGCUCCACUUUUUGACGAAUGGUUGCGGCGAGACGUUGAAAACCAAAGUGCGGAUGCCCUGGUCUUAGUUUUGCACCUGUAUGAUAAGCUCCUAUCCAAGAGCUCCCCUUUGCUGCCUGAGUCGGGAAACAUUCAAGAUUUCUUCAAGCCAUCCCAUCUGGCAAAACUUGUCCCUUGCUUGAAGGAGUCUUCCAGCAGCCACCCUCGCAUACACUCAGUUUGGCAUCUGUUAUUAGACCGCCUCUUCUCCCCUCUAGACACAGCAACGAAGAAGCAAGCUAAUUCUGGCAGUUCGAAGGAUGUAAAAGUGAACGAGAAUUUGACAAAUUUCUGGAGUGUGGUUGUCGAUGGAGCGCUGUUGCCUUCUUCGUAUGAGAGAAAGAAUCUUGCAAUGGAGCUUCUUCUUUUAGUACUACCUAGAUUGCCAACCCCUGAAUCUGUUGGCAUUGUCCUGUCCAACGUAUUUGUUCGAUGCAUUCUGGAUAUUCUGUCGUCUAAAGACACCCACCUUUAUAAAAGUGCCCAGAGGUGCGUAGGCGAACUCCGACUUUGGGCUGAAAAUAAAUAUACUCGUCGAGUUGCUGUCAUUGGGGCCUUGCAGCGAAGUAGCUAUGGGAAGUUCGAUACAUUAUCUAAAUCCUCCACUGUCAAAACACUAACAAAUGGAUUGAUUACCGAAGAUGGUAUACUGGCAUUUGUCAACAAUCUUCAAGAGUUGUUUGUAUCUGCCGAGUCUAAUGUUGUGACGGCAUUAAAAGUUACUGAAGAACUUGCGGAGGGGUCCGAGGAUACUCCGAUGAAUGGUCACGACAGUCCUGGAGCUAAUGAUCGGAUCUGGAUCAUAGAGCAGAUGCAUGCUCUCUGUCGGCAGGUGAAGUUGGAGCCUAAAGCUAAGGCAACACUUUACAGAGAAGUGAUUAAGUUCCUAAUUAUUCACUCUCUGUUUCAUGCAAGCAGUCAACAGAACGUUAUGGAUUUAGAGAAAGAAAACAUUAGGUGGCCUCAAAAUCUUCUGACAGGGAGUACCCGAAAAUUAUGUGCAGAGCGGUUGCAUAGUGUCCUAGUUGAUGCUGAACACUGGAUGUAUACUCAAAAAUCGAGGAGCAACAAGACUGGUGUGAGUGGAGUGAAUGAUAUAGUGACAGAUGACGAAGAUUUUUCUCAUUUUGCGGCUUUAUAUUGCAUGAGCGUCCAAGGAUCUCCAGCUGCAGCUCUUGUACAGCCGUUGAAAGUGGAAUCCGCAGAAUUUGUGAAACUCCUCCAUCAGACCGUGUCUUCUUUAUCCUCAGCUAUUGAGUUUGACACGAAUGUUGACAAAUCUAGGAGGAUUUUGGCAAUGAGGACGCUUCUUUCACAUGUCCUCCUGCAGUCUUUCCUGGAACCGGGCUCCACCGAUGGUAUUGCAGCUGAGCUUGUCAUCUGCUGUAGCAAAGCUUUCUCUGACUUGUCAGAACUGUCGAAAAUCGCAGCAUCAAUUGAGGAGAAAGACGAGAACAAUGAAGUACCCCCAGUGAUGGGUGUUCUUGUUGACGUUCUAUUGUCGAUGCUGGCAAAAUUAUCAACUCCAAUUCGUAAUGCAGUCGAGCAGGUGUUCAAAGUGUACUGCGAGGACCUCACCAUUGCAGGAUUGACUGAUAUCCUGCGAAUCAUAAAUAAGGGCUCUAAAUCAGGACGUCAUAAGUGCAUAUUAGACGAUGAUGACGAAGAUUUUGAUGAUGAUGGCAUCCUAGAAGAUGUUGAGGAAUCAGAGGGUGGUGGUGAGGAAGAUAUUCAGGAAACAACAGAGGAGGGAGAAGGGGAAGAUAGCGAUGACGACGACGACGACGACGAAGAGGAAGAAGAGGAAGAUGUAGAAAUGGGUGACGGUGAUACUAAAGCAAGGACCCUUCAGCAACAAAUGAGAUUCAAAAGACCUGCUGAAGACUUCGAUGAUGAGGCAGAGGGCUCUGAUUCGGACCUCUCAGAUAUGGACGAUGAAGCUAUGUUUAGAGCAGAUGCACUGCUUGCUAAUGUGUUGAUGCAUAAAAAGGAAGCAAUUAAAAGUACUGCUCAAACUCAGUUAGGUCACUUCAAGUUCAGAGUUCUAUCUUUACUAGAAUAUUUUCUUCAAAAGCAUCCUGGCAGUAGCCUGGUUUUGCUUGCAGUGCAUGGCCUUUUGAAGGCAUUUAUGUGUGCCAUCAAUCAAAUUGGUACAGCACCUGAGGAGAACGAGGUACUCGCUAAGCGGUUAGAAAGCAUGUUGCAAAGCAAGGUGUUGCACGCGAAGAAGUAUCCGAAGGGGGAAGAUGUAGACUUGCCACUCGCCAGGACUUUAUUGAAGAAACUUUUGAAAUUGGCUUCUAGGUCAUCAAUCAAGAGAGUUCGAAAACUAGCUCAGGCGUGCACUUUGUGGACAUUGAAGGUUCUUCUAGGAAACGUUCCAGAUACAGCUGAGAAAUGCGACGCCGAGUUGUUGGAAUGUAUUUCAACUGCGUUAGACGAUUACUUCACUCAAAAGAAGUCACGCCUCGCUGGAUCUUUCUUUAUCGAGAUAUUCCAACGACACCAAAUUCUUGGUAGGUUUUCUAUUGGCAAGCUUAUCGAGAAGUGCGGAAAUGGACGGACAGAGUUUAUGAAGUGUGAGGCCCUGCGCUUGCUCACUGCGAUUCUGAAACCAGUCACAUCUUGUAAGGGAAAGAAAACAGUAGCAGAGAGCGUUGAAUGUAACCUACUUGCGAAAGCGUUUCAGCAGCACAUGGGGUCCCUCGGGGCAGCCAUUUCAUUUAUUGUUCAAAGUCCGCCGGAGAAGUCUGCUUACAAAUCUAUCGCGCUUAAAUUUUGUAGUAGCUGCAUUGAUGUUUUCACAGUGCUCUAUCCACUGAAAGGACUUCACUCAUUGUUGGAUAGCAAAGCUCUCUUGGCGGGUCUUAAAGCCAUAGACGCGCCAAGUAAAGGAAAACUGCAUAACUUAAUCACAAAGCUUCAAAAUACAGUUACUGAAGAGUUAACGAAGACUUCAGUGAUCAGUGAUUCAACAAAGAGGAACGCAAACAAGAUUGCUUCGAAUAAGGCGAACAAGGAUUCUGAGGUACUCACGGUGAUUGAAAAAGCUUCGACUCUUUUGAAGGCCAAGUGUGAAAGUUCCGAGGAUGAAGACAUGUCUUGUAAGAAUAUUAAGGCAAGAGACGGAGAGGGCACUAUGGAGGGUCAGGUUGAAGAUACCUCCUUCAACACAAAGCAGAAGGGUCCGAGUUUUAAGAAGGUUAAAUUAUCAAAAGUAAUCUCAUAACGUAGGUUUAAUCUCUUGCAGUUUCCACUCCCAUCAGGACUCCAAUUUUGCUUCCCUCAUUGGGGUUUACAUUAUUAAUUUUUAUUUUUCUGUAACGAUUAAAAAUCGCCUCGCU